UUUAUACUAAAAUUUUAUAAAUUUUUUUUAAAUUGCUCUUUUAUUAGUUACGACGAUAUUCAGGAUAAAGCCAUUUUGCGAGAUGGCAUUCCCGUAACCCAUUCCGUUCAUGGGCUUUCCUGCACGAUAAGCGCCACCAAUUACGUGCAGCUGAUCGCUUUUGAAAAAGCUUUUGAAUUACAUCCCGUUGCAGCUAAAAUCUUAACUGAACAAUUACUGGAAUUUCACAGAGGCCAGGGAAUGGAUAUGUAUUGGAAGAAGAAUUUAGAUUUAGAGUGUCCAACUGACAACGAUUACCAGAUAAUGGCGGAAAGAAAGGCUGGUUGGCUGAUAAAAUUAAUGACAAAAUUAAUGAAACUAUUUUCCACGUGUGAAAUAGACUUAUCCUCGUUGCUAAAUUUAAUGGGGUAUUAUUAUCAGAUACAUAAUGAUUAUUCCAACUUGUGUAUUUGUAGGGAUAUGAACGAUCAAAGUUAUUGCGACGAUUUAACUGAAGGGAAGUUCAGCUUCCCUAUUAUACAUGCCCUUAAAUGCGGUAAUAGCCAGAAAAUAAUGGAUAUUCUAAAACAACGAAUUACCGAUACCAAUCUUAAAAAUAAUUGUGUGGACUUGUUGGAGGAACUUAGUUCUCUCAAAUACACGAGGGACACACUGGAAACACUGGACCAAAAAAUAAAAAGAGAAAUCGAACGUUUAGGAGGGAAUCCAGGUCUAGUAAAGAUGCUGGACGAAUUCAAGAACGAGGUGUUGUGCGGUACUGCUAAGGUUACAACUAAAUUAUAAAACGUCGAAUAUUUCGUGCAAAAAAUAAUGAAUAAUUUUCGUUUAAAAAAUUGUCCGGGCAAUCGUAUAUUUCGUUUUUACAAGAUACAUUAUACCACAGAAUAGAUUGUUAUGUAAAGUUGAACA